AGCUUCUGUUGUAUAAAUGGUAGGUAACAUUGAGCUGGUAUUAAUAUUGCACUGACGAAGCAAGUUUCUUAUGACGACACGUGUACUUCAGGCUAGUGCGGUAUAAGGACACUAUCUCUUGUUUCGAGACGUAUGAAGGUGCUACAAUGGCGGCAUCACCUCUUCUCCUAUAUUUGCUGGUUACAGCGUGGGGUGCGGAGGCAGAGAAGAUCCUGUACCUCACCUUCCCACAGUAUAGUCACCUGCAGUCAAUGAACUUCGUCAUCGACGACCUCCGGCAAUACGGACACGAACUAUGGACUGCACACCCUGACUAUCUAUCACCCACAGUCAGGAACUCAAGCCUGAACUUGAUCAGAAUGAAAGGGCUAGGAUCAAUGGAUGUAAACGAAGAACUGUAUUCUGCCUUUGUCAACAUUCUUGACCAAAGAUGGACUUUUUCAAAAUUUCUCGAUGAGUUGAGAAACUGGAAACACACUCUGAUAAGGAUGGUUGAUAAAAGGACCCCUCCUAUUUCCGCUCUUACGAAAAUACGAGAAAUUAACCAUAAGAUUCUUACAGACUCUGAGAUGCUUGAAGACAUCAAGUGGAAGAAGUUUGAUCUGGUCAUUGCAAACGGCGACAUUGGGCUUCCAUACAUUAUUAUUCCAUACAUACUGGAUCUACCGUUUUGUAUCCUGGCAAAUUCAUACGACCCUUGGCGAAGUGGAAAUCCAAGUCUUCCUUCAUUUAUUCCUUAUCUUGCUCAUGGUGACAUUGGCACAGAUCACAUGACGUUCUUCCAGAGAGUGAAGAACACGUUGGUUUACCUGCUAAUGCUGGGCUUGCCACCAUUCAUCCUUGAAAGCGACGUGACCACUUAUGCCCCAGACAAUACACAGAUGACCUUUACCCAGCUCAUGGCCAAUGCCAAGCUUUGGAUGAUUGAACAGGACCUAGUUGCGGACUAUCCAAGACCGCUAAUGCCAAAUACCAUUCUAGUGGGGGGUCUAUCGGCAAGGGAUGCAGGUGUGCUUUUAGGAAGAUUCAAAGACUUUUAUGAUACAUCCGAUUCCGUGGUCGUCGUGUCAUUUGGGGGCAGUGUCAGUUCCCUCACGACGGAGCUGACUGAAAAGCUACGACAUGCAUUUUCGAUGACCAAGUAUAAUUUUGUAUGGAAAUCUGAUAAACCAUCUUGGAACCCGACUAAAUGCUUUCUGACGGAAUGGAUACCACAGAAUGACCUUCUCGGCAAUCCCAAGACUAAACUAUUUAUCACCCACGGAGGAAAUAAUGGUUAUUUCGAAAGCUUGUAUCAUGGUGUGCCAAUGUUAGGAGUUCCGAUAUUUGCAGAUCAAUAUUAUAACACUCAAAGAUUACAAAACAAGGGCUAUGGCUUAGCGUUAGAUCUCAACCGAAACUCGGCGGCAGACUUUGCUGAUGCCAUUACCCACAUCGUUGAAAAUCCGGUAUUUAAAAAGAAUGUUUUAAGAGCUUCGAAAAUCUUGAGAGAUAGACCAAUGAAUUCUCGACAGCAAAUUGCGUAUUGGAUCGAUCACGUGAUCAAAUAUGGUGACACACAUAUGCGUUCCGUUGGCCUUGACCUACCCUGGUACAAAUACCUCUGCAUGGACGUGUUGUUGUUUUUGAUACUCAUCGUGGUGUCUGCUUUUCUCGCUUUAGGUAAACUGAUGCGAGCAUUAAUUUCACGAUUACUGUAAAUCAACCGAGAUCUCAUUUUAGCGUUUAAAUAU